AUGAAUAUCUUAGAACCUAACAAAGCAUGUCUUUCAAAAAAUAGCACUCCGCCACCAACCGGUCACCGCUUCCGCCUCUGCAGCGCCACCAUUGACGCUAUCCAACUCCGUCAAAUUCGUCGACAACAGCCAUCCGACUACUACAUGUUCACUAAUACUCAAAGACAAGAAGAACGUACUGGAAAAUAUGGUACUCCAAGGGUCCAAUACCUUCAGGAACUUGUAGCUCAGUUUCAAAACGCAUCUACUGAAGAGUCGAAGGAGAAGAUCGUUGCUAAUUUAGCAAACUUUGCAUAUGAUCCCUACAAUUAUACAUUUAUGCGCCAGCUUAAUGUUUUGGAACUUUUCCUCGACUGCAUAACAGAGCCCAAUGAGAAGCUAAUAGAGUUUGGUGUUGGAGGGAUAUGCAAUUCAUGUGUUGAUCCUGCAAAUGCUGUAGUAAUAAUAAAAUGUGAUGGAAUACCUCUUCUUGUACAAUGCUUAUCAAGUCCUGUUAAAAAUACAGUGAAGUAUGCUCUUGGGGCUUUGUAUUAUCUGUGUAAUGAAUCUACUAAAGAAGGUAUCUUAAGACGUGAAGUGGUGGAUGUGAUUAAAAGAUAUGCAGCUGCUGAUGGUGUUGGUGUUAGCUUCACUAAUCUUGCUCAGGCUUUUUUAGAUAAGCAUGUCCCUGAAAAACAUUGAAAAAUAACUUUUUUUUUAAUAUAUAAAUUUCGAUUGUAUUUUUAGUAACAAUUAAAUAACAUAAAGUUAAUAAACGUCAUAAUAAGAUAAGAAUUAAUAAAUACAG